AUGUCGAGCGCUUCGGAAAAGACGGUCUCUCCCAGCGCCUCCAAGCAGUCUUCCAUAAAAUCGGUUGAUAUUUCCACGCGAUCUCCGAAAUUAAGACCGCAAAAUGGCCAGCCCGUUGGCGACGCCUCUCAUGCCGAGGCUCAGCCGAAACAACCCGAGAGAGCCUCCAUCAAGGACAGGUUAACCCGAAUGUUUUCCAAUAAGGACGAUAUACCUAAAUCCGUCCCUUUCGAUGCUGGUCAACCGUCUAAGCGCGUCGUCCCGACCCCCUCUCCCAGCCUGACUGGCGUCAGCGCGCCCUCGAAACCGAACAGCCUGGCUCGUAAGCCAUCCUCUGCUGACCCUCCUACCGCAUCUAAACCAGCGCCCUACCAACGAUUUGUCAUGAAUCCAGACGUCCCCGGUGGCCAUGAGCAUCAUCUCAAGGGUAGCAAGCGGCAAGAGAAACUCUCUGACAUGUGGAAGGCUCUACUUGGGAGAAAGCAAGACCAACCUGCCGAAGCUGACUUAUCCUUGGUUUCUAGUUGGGUUGACACCCUUAAGCAGGAAAAAGAUAUGCUAGCCAGCGAUAAGAAGGGAGGUCCAAAUCAGAGCAUUACUCUAGUCGAGAAAUAUGGAAAAUGCCAAGAGGUAGUUGGUCGUGGUGCUUUUGGCAUCGUAAGGAUAUCGCAUAAGAAGAUGGAGAAUGGAGAAAAGCUCUUUGCCGUCAAGGAAUUCCGCCGCCGACCAGAAGAGACGGAGAAGAAGUAUAGCAAGCGCCUAACAGCAGAGUUCUGCAUAUCUUCCUCUUUGCGUCACCCUAAUGUCAUACAUACGCUAGACCUACUGAAAGACGAAAAAGGUGACUAUUGCGAAGUUAUGGAGUAUUGCUCCGGUGGUGAUUUAUACACGCUCGUCCUCGCCGCUGGGAAGUUGGAGGUGGUAGAAGCCGAUUGUUACUUCAAGCAGAUGAUGCGCGGCGUCGAGUACCUACAUGAGAUGGGUGUCGCACACCGUGAUCUUAAGCCCGAAAAUCUGCUUCUUACGAGCCAUGGCGCCUUAAAAAUCACGGAUUUUGGCAACGGCGAAUGCUUCAGAAUGGCGUGGGAAAAUGAUGCUCACAUGGUUUCGGGUCUCUGCGGUUCUGCGCCUUAUAUCGCACCGGAAGAAUAUAUUGACAAGGAAUUUGACGCUCGAGCCGUCGAUGUCUGGGCUUGUGGUGUUAUAUAUAUGGCGAUGCGAACCGGACGACACUUGUGGCGUGUUGCCAAGAAGGAUGAGGACGAGUUUUACGAGCGGUAUCUUGAAGGACGCCGCGACGAAGAAGGUUAUGGCCCGAUUGAGUCAUUACACCGUGCCCGUUGUCGCAACGUCAUCUAUUCUAUCCUCGACCCCAAUCCCACCCGACGUAUCACAGCAUCACAAGUUCUCAAGUCCGAAUGGGGUCGUGAAAUUAAGCUUUGCAAGGCCGGCGAAGAAGGUCUUUAA